GAGACAUUGUUGCAUCAAGAGUAGCAGCAGCAGUGAGAUCUUAUCUGGAAAAUGUGUCUACUGGUUUUUCUUAGGAUUUGUAUAUUUCUUUCCAUGACACUGACCAUGACAGGAGCCAUUGCUUGUUUUCGGGUUGUUCAGUAUUGUCAACAACAGGAUUCCAACAACGUUCCUCUGUGUGUUGAAAGAGAAAUGAAAAACUGUGAACCCCACCAACCUCGCAUUCAAACACCAGACUUUUAUAUGAAAGAAGUGGAUUUCUCAGAGGCCAAACUGGAGACAACGUAUGGGCAUGUAAUCCACAUUCCCCAAGAAGCCCUCGUGAAAAGCGGUGGGACGGAGAACACUAGUGUGUCUCUGAUGGUGUCAGUACUCGACAACAGCAUUUUUAAGGAAUCUUCUGUUAAAGGAUCUGUUCAUGGAAGUGUCUUAGGUGUCUGGCUUGGUGCACAAGAUCUCCAGAACCUUUCUCAAACUAUUGAAAUGCAAUUUGUGAAUAUUAGUCAGAAUGUGAGUGGCAAAUGUGUCUUUUGGAAGCAGUCAAACAAUGCAGGGCACUGGAGCAGUGACGGGUGCACCACCAACAGCAACAAUAAAGAUUUUAUCUGCAAUUGCAAUCACCUCAGUUUUUUUGCAGUGCUCAUUAGUCCUGGGAGUGUUCAAGACCCUGAAGAUGUUCGCCGUCUCGAAUACAUUUCAUACAUUGGGUCUUCUUUCUCUUUGAUAUUCACAGCCAUCAUCAUCAUGUUGUUUUUUAUUAAAAGGAAGAAGAAGACAGAGCACUCUAUUAUCAUUCAUGUGCAACUAUCAGGUUCACUAUUCCUGCUGCACCUCUUCUUUCUGGCCAGUACAUUGGGGUCAAGAACAGAAAAGAAGCCAAUAUGUCAGUGUCUUGGCCUCAUCUUACACUGGGCCCUUCUUACCACUUUCACAUGGACCGCUAUUGAAGGUUUCCACUUGUACCUACUCCUUGUGAGGGUCUUUAACAUCUACAUCAAGAGAUAUUUGCUCAAACUAAGCUUAGUGGGCUGGGGAGCUCCUAUAAUUACAGUGGUGAUCUGUGGACUGGCUGGUGAAUAUGGAAAAUACACCUUAACAGGAAGUAACAAUGAAACAAAUCUCUGCUGGAUAACCAAUAAGAUAGUGAGUUAUAUAACAGUGAACGGUUACUUGGGGCUGGUGUUACUCUUCAACACAGCGAUAAUGGCUGUGACUGUGGUGAAGAUGUGGCAGUUAAAAUUGAGAGGUGUCCAGACUGGAAGCAGGUUAAGAAGGCUGUGGAAAGACUGGGCCAUUUUGCUGGGGAUCAGUGUGGUUUUGGGACUCCCAUGGGGACUGGCCUUCUGCACAUACGGACCCCUGAGUCUACCAGGGAUUUAUCUCUUUACUAUCAUAAAUGCUUUUCAAGGUUUUUUCGUGUUCCUGUGGUACGUAACAAUUACGUGUAAGCCAAGUUUCGAGGAGAGGAAUUCAACAAAGAAUCUCUCUAUGAGUAAUUUCAGCUCAUGACGAUGCCACAAGACACUAAACCGCAAUGUGUUGAAUUGAGAUCUGAUAGGUAUUAGACAUAACAUUGACAUACCGGAGAUCAUAUAAUUUAAAUACUGUCUAAAAUUCAUAAAAGAAAAGUCAAUGAAAUGGAACAUGGAAGCUGGAUUUAUGUCUUCUGCGUUUUCUGCAUUAUGAAGAAAAGAGCUCAUUUUGUUUACCUUCAGGUUUGUACAUACAGUACAUACAGUUUAGUGUUUUGAAAUCUGUACCUUGUGUUUCUGUUUAACGAUAAUCUUGUCAGUUGUAUUAUUGUUGUGUGUAUAUAAGGCAAUCCAUAAUAUUAUGGUUUUGUUUUGUUUUUGGUUCAUAUCACAAUAGCACCAGUUAGUAUCUAACAUAGUUAAAUAUGUUCAUCAACUUAUGAAUAGACAAUGAGAUAAAAAUCCACACACAUUUUGCUACAUACUGCUUAUAUGACAUUGAGGUCCUGCACUGUUUAUCUCAGAUAUAUUCAAACAGUUUGAGCAGUGUAACAACAGUGAAAAUCAUUCAUGGCUUCUUCAAGAGAAGAAGUCUCCCCUUUUAUAUGAAUAAGGAAUCUAAAAUAUAAUAAUAAUAAUAAUAAUAAUAAUAAUAAUAAUAAUAAUAAUAAUAAUAAUAAUAAUAAUAACAGCACGUUUAAUAUAAUCCUUUCAGGUGUUUAUGUGUGUAUGUAAUGUUUACUGCAUUCACACCCACAUCCCACUGAUAUCAGACUUUUAUGUUCAUGUGAUUUUUACCAUUUCCCAGGUAAUGACAUGCAAUAAAAGUUUAGCACAUA